AUGUCUGAUAAAAAAGUCAAAGGAAUUGACGAGCCAUGCUGUAAGCAAGCCAGUGAAAUUUUAAAUUUAUCUCAAGGUAACUCAAGUCAAACUCAAAAUUCACCUCAUCUCAUUGGGCAUCCUCGAUAUCACGUUUUAUGCAAUCAAAAUUACAACAAAGCUGAAAUUGUGGAAAAUUUGGAGUCUCUUGGAUGUACAGAGGUUGUUACUGAGGAACAGAGAAACACCAAGACAGCUUUUCUCAAUCGAGAAGAUCAAAAUCGAGUUUUGCAUGAAAUCUUAACUUCUGAACAAGGAAAACAGGCGAUUGAUCAACUGAAUAAAGGAGAAGUCGAAGUCAUUUUGCGAACUCCAACAAGCCAGUUGAUUAAAAAUAGAUAUUUGAUGAUGUCAGUUGUAAAAAAUGGUACAAGAGUCCAAGAUAAGCCUGCAAAUUCGACUGUAUUGAUUCUUGGACAACACAAAAAUCUACCAGAAGGAACUUAUGUUCAUGUAAAGACAUUCUAUCCUACAGAAUAG